AGACUCUUUGGCCGAUUUCUCAACUGGCCCACAAAUCUCGAAUGCUUUUUUGUGCUGUAGCCUAAAUGUUUGAUUAAUUGUAUGCGUUUAUCUUGUAAUUAGCAUUAAAAACAUAAUCAUUUUCGACGAUUUAAUUAACUAUGUAUGUUCAUAUAUAUAUAUGCGCUGAUUGUGCCAUAUUAAUUUUUAAUUAAAACAUAGUUUUAAACACGAUUUACAUAUACACACACACACAUAUAUAUUUAUAUAUAUAUAUAUAGAAGAAGCAACUGCACUUUAUGCAAAACAUUUGUACCGCCUUUUCUUAGGCCAAGUCUAACUAUAAUUAAUUAAUUGCUUAAUUCCAAGUGUCUAAGGUAAACGUUCGUUCAGCUUAACUAUUUUGCAACAAAGAAUCAAAAAAAAAAGAAAACUAUAUAUAACGCAUACUCGAAACGGUAAACAUAGGCUUUAAAUAAGAAAGAUUGAGAAUUGCUAUCACGAUUUAUACUAUUAUGUUGCAUGGUAGGUUCUAGUUUUAGGUUAAUUUUAGCUUAAGUGUCUAGUUUUAUAUGUUGCAUGUUUUCUAUAGACAAUACAGCUUGAAUUCUACAAAAAAUCGAAAACUAUGUUAACUAUGGGCAACAGUUUCUUCAGAUACAUCAGUUAGAUAUAUAUAUAGUACAGAUAUAUACAUUUAAGCUACUGGCACACAUUUGAUUUGCAGAGUCUUACCUUAAGCAUAAAAAGAAAUGCAGCGAACAAAAGUCGAUUAAAAAAACAAACUAAAAAUACGAAAACUAUCAAAACUAAUGCCCUUUUAUGUGCAUUAUAUAAUGUCGUACGUUAUUUAUAACAAUUUUCACCGCGCCAAUUUGCAAUUCAUUUGCGCGUUUGCUUCAUGAAUUUCAAUAAGUGGCACCGCAGCAUUUCGGGCCAGUUAACUUUAAGAGCGGACGGAGUCUUAAAACUUGCCAGUCGAUUGCGAAACAUGAAAGGGUCCACAAUUAGAGGCGGCAGCCAAGUUAACAGCCGGUGUCACAGUGACAGGAUGACAAUGAUGACAGCCCAAGCCAAACGCAGCUGUGGCCGGAUUUAUGGGCUGGCUUUCCCGCUGCUGUUGCCGCUGUUGCUGCUUCUCCUCCUCCGCAUAGAUGACAGUGUGGGCGGCAAGACAACGACCAUUGUGCGUCAUACGGAUACAGUGGAGCCGCAUUUGGAUGGCUUCUGGACAAAUAGGACCACGUGGAAUGCGCGCUGGGUUAAGUACUGGCGCGCCAAGCGCAUUUACGAGCCCGUCUGGAAGAAAGUCUGGACGCCCACCAUACUCAACGAAUGGGUGCCGCUGCCCAACGCGCCGCCGCCGGAUGCCUGGCAGCAGCCGGAGGAGGAUAAACAGGACAAACAGCAGCUGCACUCCAGCUAGGCCUGAGAGACUGACUAACUACUACAAUUAAGUUUAUUUAUUUAUUUAUUUAUUU